AUGAUUUGUAUACUAUUAGCGAGUCUUGCGUGCUUAUCGGUUACGCAUCCAUCGCCUAGGAACCAAACACAACAUCAGCUGCCAAAGAUACCAUUUUUGAAAGAAGUAGAUUCUACGGGAAAAGAAGAGUUUAUGACAAUUUUUGCUGACAAGGACGUGACCCGACCACAAUUUGAUGCAAAAUUAUUCGAAUGGGCUGAAAAAUUCAAUGUUACGGUAGGUGAUAAAUUGUUCAUAAUUUCGGGCAAAAGUUAGCU